AUGUCCUUUGUGAGUUGUACGCUUCGCAAAUGGAUACCGAGAAAUGGCCGCUGGAUCGUCCUCCCGAACACGUUAAUCAGGAGACAUCCUCACACCGAAAUUCGCGAUAACCAAAGGCCCAGCAACAUCGACGACAUCGACGAUUUCGACAAUUCACCCACCCAACUCUCGCGCCUAUCCCCAUACCCGGUCGAUUGCCCCUUCAACGCCAUGGCUCAAAUCGACAUCACAACCUCGUCAUGGAAGCUCGUUGAGGUCGGCCGUGUUGUGCUGAUUCGAAGCGGCCCCUACACGGGAAAACUGGCUGUUAUCGUUGAGAUUAUCGACCACAAACGCGUCUUGGUCGACGGUCCCGCUGGUCAAGAGAACAAAGUCGUUCCUCGCCAUGUCCUCGCUCUCUCACACGCCACCCUCACACCUUUCACCAUCCCGAAACUCCCUCGCGCGGCUGGUACCGGACCAGUCAAGAAGCUCUGGGAGAAGGCGGAGAUCGAUUCCAAAUGGGCCAACAGCACGUCCGCCAAGAAGAGGGACCAGGCUGAUCGGAGACGAAACCUUACCGACUUCGAACGGUUCAAGGUUAUGAGACUGAAGAAACAGGCCCGCUAUGAAGUGCAAAAGGCGCAUGCUAAGAUCCGCGCUUCUGCUUCGUAAACGGAGUUAACGAGAGUUGGUCGGUUUCCGGGGUUUGGGGGAAAGGGGGCAAUGGAUGGAUUUUUGGCGAUGGGUCGAAGGGAUCGCUGGAAUUCCAUUUUGUUCCCGAAAAAACUGCUGUGUAAACAAUUUCAUUUAAGAAUUUGAAACGGCGAAACCAUUCAAUAUAUUUCUCUC